UGUUGGCACUUGGCGGCUUCGGGUGUUUCCCAAAAGCUCUUUUCAGAACGAGCCACUCAUGGAGAUCCGCGCCCUCUUCCUCUUGUUCUUCGUCCUCCUUAGCGGCGAUUCCUUCGGAAGAAGUACCGAGGGAGAGUCGGACCAAGAGACCAACCAGGAAGAGUCUGUAGAAAUUCCAUCUUCAGAAGACUCAGGGGAAGCCUUGACGCCGUGGGAGCUAAGGGCAGGGCUGUCGGAGCGGAGAAGUCAGUCACUCUUUACAGAAAGUCAAGGACACGUCCAACAGGACCAAGGGUCAUCGGUCGCUCACACGCCAGGAGAGGGAGCCAGGGUCCCUGUGUUUCCUCAAGCUCCUUCGCCAGCUCUAGCUCCAGUUCCAGCUGCUCCGGCGUCUACGCUGCCCUCAUACAUCACCCGACUUGUGCCAGUGUUCAUGUCGUCGCAGUUCGUGGGCGCUCCGGGCGGCGUCAACGGCCUGUAUUCGCCCCCAACUAGAGAACCAGACAUAAUACACUUUGGCGGAUUUAGAGGGAGAUUAGCCGGAUACGGCCAGCGGGACCAAGGAUCAUCGGUCGCUCAGGCGCCAAGAGAGGGCGCCAGGAUCCCAACAUUACCUCCAGCUCCUUCGUCAAUUCUAGCUCCAGUUCCAGCUCCUUCAUCCCGACCUUUACACAUCACCCGUUUUGCACCGAUGUCGUCGGAAUUCGUGGGCGCUCCCGGCAGCGUCAACGGCCUGUAUUCGCCCCCGACUACAGAGCCACCCACAGGAACACCCACACUAGAUCCAACAAACUUCGAAGAAUUCGCGAAUUUAGCCCGUGAAGUCCAAGGGUGUUCUAAUGUGUGCGAGUUUCGGAACCGCUUCGGAGACUGUAAUGUUGAUAUUACAUGUUUCUUCAGGGUAAAUAACCUUGAACUGUAUGUAAAUGUAGAAAAGUAUGUACUAAUUAGAAAAUCACACUACUAUGUUAGGGUUCGAGAACGGUGGGCAAUUUUGAGCAACUGUAUCAGAUUGGUCCUCCAGAUUGGUGUCGCAAUCCCCAUGCCAGAUCCACCCAGCAGCGAAGAACCUUCAUAUUUUGACUGA